CCGCUGUUAACUCUCCAUCCCGCAACUGCUUCAAUAAUUGCAUUUCCUUUGGUCUCUUAAUCUGUUGUUUUUUGAUAAUUCUCCAUCAAUUGCCAUUCUCCCAUCAUGGCUGCUCCAAGACUUCCUUUUCUCUACCCGAACUUGAUGCGCGCAGUCCGUUCGUGCGAACCCACUACGUACCGCUCCAUUCGAGCUCCAGUCAGCAAGCGUGCUGCCUUCCACACCACCCGGCGACGUGAAGAAGAGGCAUAUCAUCGACGAUACGGACCGGCGGCCGAAGCGAAUCUUCCACCAUCCCUCCGGCCCAAGGACGAAGAAGAAGCUAGCAGAUCUGCCACGGACCCACCCGCGGGGAAGGAGAAGGAGAAGAAGGACAGCUCCAAGAGUCAGCAGAAGCAGCCCAUCGGCCAACCCGAGCAAUCGCCUGAGAAGGAAGUGACUGCAGAGUCGAAAGAGAGUGACGCACAAGCUGAGGAGGCGGAAUCGCAAGAUGAGGCCAGGAUAACCGCCGAAGAAGCCAAUGAUGCGCUUUCCUCGUCGGCUGAGCACCCGGAGGAGGAACAGCAUGUCCAUCGCCACAUUCAGGAUAAUCCUCUGGACGGUGUGUUUCAUAUGCCUUCUCCUUCGAAUUAUCUCACCCCGACGCCGUCGGGACCGUCCGGUGACAAACCGCCACACCUGUCCCCGGCUCCUUAUGUCCACCACUUCGAUACCUACUCAUUGGUCCGCGAUCUCUCCAAAGGAGGCUAUGGUGAGGAGAACUCCAUCACGAUAAUGAAAUCCGUCCGGCAAAUUCUACAGAACAACAUCAACCUCGCAAAGGAUAGCUUAACAUCUAAAUCCGACGUCGAGAAUGAGACGUAUCUAUUCAAUGCUGCUUGCUCAGAACUGCAGUCGUCCCUUCAAACUGCUCGGAAUUCGGAAGUGCAGAGACAACGUGCUUCCCGGACGCAACUGCAACAUGAGAUCGACAUUCUUUCUCAGAGAUUCAACCAGGAGCUUUCAGGGCUGAAGGACGACAUCAAGGGAAUGUUUAACGACCACAAAAUGACCUCUAGGGAACACCAGCGGAGUAUCGAUACGUCUGUCCAGGAGCUGAACUACAAAAUUACGGUUUCGUUGAACAGCGAUGGCAAGAGUGAGAUUGAGGGUCUUCGGUGGAUCCUGACCAGAAGGGCCGCUAUGGCUGUCGCAACGAGUGCCAUUAUGAUCAUCAUCUUCCUCAAGUACUACUCCGUCCGCAAAACCGGUACCGCUGAAAAGAAGGAAAAGGGGGCGGCAGUCAAGGAGGUCAAAGAGACUCGGGUCAUCCAAGACACCCCCGAAGUCCUACCGUCAUCACUGGCGCCAGGGGCCGACGUUGGCGAGUCUCUGGGUUAGAUGCUCUCCAGAAGCCUUGCCAUGUGAUAUGUAGAGGAUCUUACUUUCUUUUAUUGUACUACAUUUUCUUCACUCGUGUCUUCCUGUACGGCUUUGAUACUGUGCAUGGUCCUAGAUCCAUUACCUA